UUUCGCCAGUUGACCCCUCCGACUUUCACCGGGGUCGAGGGGCCCGAAGCUGUGGCGGAGUGGAUUCGUCAGUUAGAGCAGAAUUUCGAUUUGCUGCAGUGCACCGACGCCCAGAAGGUAGUCUGUGGCCGUUAUAUGCUGAAGGGCGAUGCCGCCCUAUGGUGGUCCGGCUAUUGGAGGUUGAGGCAGGCGGAGUUUAAUGCCCUGACUUGGGAUCGCAUGAAGGAGGUGAUCAUGGAUAAAUAUUAUCCUCAGAGUUAUCGCAUGAGGAUGGAGCGCGCUUUCUGGGAUCUUACUCAGGGGACUGGUACCGUUGAGGAGUACGAGCAGGAGUUCACCCGCAUGAGUGCCUUUGCUCCACAUAUGGUGGACACUGAGCUGAAGAAGGCCCACAAGUUUCGAGAUGGACUGAACCGAACUCUCCGUAUGCAUGUUGCCAGCCAGGGAAAUCUUUCAUUUGAUGAGACCGUUAUCCGAGCCGUCCAGCUUGAGAGUUAUCAGACUCUCGAUGCUUUC